AUGGCUCUACCUCCUUCGUCUCUGCACUGUCGCUCUCAUCAUCACCAUAACCGCCAAUUUAUCAAAUUGAACCAAUUUCGAUCAGAAUUUGGGAGGAAUCAGCUGACCCAUAAGAGGAAUAAGGGUCUAAUUGGCAGAGCAUCGACGCUCGAGGAAUCCCCAUCUUUCGAUCCACUGGCAAGUACUCAGGGCCCUGAUCCUGAGCUCGUUGCAGCGCUGAAGCUCAAGCUGCUUAGUGCUGUUUCUGGACUAAACAGAGGCCUAGCAGCCAGUGAAGAAGACCUCAAAAGGGCAGAAUCUGCUGCCAAGGAACUGGAAGGUGUUGGAGGAGUUGUUGAUCUUACCAAAGACCUCGAUAAACUCCAGGGAAGAUGGAAGCUACUCUAUAGCAGUGCCUUCUCCUCAAGAACCCUAGGUGGGAGUCGUCCCGGUCCUCCCAUUGGCAGACUUCUUCCGAUUACACUCAGACAGGUUUUUCAACGUAUUGAUAUCCUCAGUAAAGAUUUUGAUAACAUAGUCGAUCUCCAGUUUGGAACUCCAUGGCCACUUCCUCCUGUUGAAGCAACAGCUACUUUAGCCCAUAAAUUUGAACUUAUAGGAACUUCAAAGAUAAAGAUAACAUUCGAGAAAACUACGGUGAAGGCAACGGGGAACUUGUCUCAGCUUCCACCACUGGAAGUUCCUCGUCUUCCUGAUGCAUUGAGGCCUCCAUCAAACACAGGGAGUGGCGAAUUUGAAGUAACAUACCUUGAUGCUGAUACACGGAUAACCCGAGGUGAUAGAGCGGAGCUCAGGGUUUUUGUGAUCUCAUGAACCUGAUAAUGUAAUGAAGUAUUGUACUACGUACAUACAUUCUUUCUUGAUAUUGUACUAUGUGUUUUGUACACCACAGGAGCUCCUCUCUUUUUUUAAGUUGAACGGUAUCUCGUAUUCAUUGUAAGAUACUGUAUAUUUUGUUGUAUUCAGUUUGCGGGUGAUAUGAAUCGUCGUAAAUAGCUGAUGAUAAAUUCGGCAUUAA